GGACCACCUGAUCUGAUGCUAGACCCCAGGACUGUGUGUGUAUCCAUCGAUGAAGUGGUGUCUAACCAUGUUGGAGGUCAGCAGACCCCACUGCUCCAUGGACACCUGAAAAAGGUGGAGAACAGUCUCACAGAGGCUCAGCGUUUCUCUUACUUACCAAGGCGACCAGCCGUCAACAUUGAGUUCAAAGACCUGUCCUACUCAGUGCCUGAAGGACCUUGGUGGAGAAAGAAAGGUUACAAGACCCUACUGAAAGGGAUCUCUGGGAGUUUCACUAGCGGAGGCUUGGUUGCCAUUAUGGGUCCUUCAGGAGCUGGGAAGUCUACACUGAUGAAUAUCCUUGCAGGCUACAGAGAGACAGGGAUGAAAGGGGAGAUUCUCAUCAACGGACAACCUCGGGACCUGCGCUCCUUCAGAAAGGUGUCCUGCUACAUCAUGCAGGAUGACAUGCUGCUUCCCCAUCUCACAGUUCAGGAGGCCAUGAUGGUGUCAGCUAAUCUUAAACUCCAGGAAAAGGACGAGGGGAGGAGAGAGAUGGUGAGAGAGAUCCUGACAGCUCUCGGUUUGUUGGAGUGUGCUAAAACACGCACCUCCAAUCUGUCCGGAGGACAAAGGAAACGACUGGCUAUUGCGCUGGAACUUGUCAACAAUCCCCCUGUAAUGUUCUUCGACGAGCCCACCAGUGGUUUGGACAGCUCCUCGUGUUUCCAGGUGGUGUCACUCAUGAAAGCCCUGGCCCAGGGCGGACGAACAGUCAUCUGCACAAUUCACCAACCCAGUGCCAAGAUCUUCGAGCUUUUUGACAAGCUUUAUGUUCUGAGUCAAGGCCAGUGCAUCUACAGGGGAAAAGUGUCCAACCUUGUCCCAUAUCUCAGAGAGCUGGGGCUAAAUUGUCCCACCUACCACAACCCUGCAGACUUCGUAAUGGAGGUGGCAUCUGGAGAAUAUGGUGACCAAACAGCUCGUCUGGUGAAGGCAGUGCAGGAGAGGAAGUGUGAGAAAGACUACAAAAGUGAAAUGAAUGGAGAUGGUGCCCUUAACCCCUUCCUAUGGCACAGACCCUCUGAUGAGGAUUCUUCUUCCACUGAAGGCUGUCACAGUUUCUCUGCCAGCUGCUUGACGCAGUUUUGCAUCCUUUUCAAGAGAACCUUCCUCAGCAUCAUGAGAGAUUCGGUGUUGACUCAUUUGCGUAUUACCUCUCAUAUCGGGAUCGGUAUCCUGAUAGGACUUCUGUACCUGGGCAUUGGCAACGAAGCCAAAAAAGUCCUCAGCAAUUCUGGCUUCCUCUUCUUCUCAAUGCUAUUCCUCAUGUUUGCUGCUCUUAUGCCAACUGUACUUACCUUUCCACUUGAGAUGGGUGUAUUUUUGAGAGAACAUCUAAAUUACUGGUACAGUCUGAAGGCAUACUACUUGGCUAAGACCAUGGCUGAUGUUCCAUUCCAGGUGGUGUUCCCAGUAGCGUACUGUAGUAUAGUCUACUGGAUGACCUCCCAACCCUCAGAUGCAGUACGUUUUAUACUCUUCUUGGCUUUGGGCACACUCACAUCUCUGGUGGCACAGUCGCUUGGAUUGCUGAUAGGGGCGGCAUCUACUUCGUUACAGGUGGCCACAUUUGUUGGUCCAGUCACAGCAAUCCCUGUCCUUCUAUUCUCUGGCUUCUUCGUCAGUUUCGACACCAUUCCCAAAUACCUUCAGUGGAUGUCUUAUAUUUCAUAUGUCAGGUAUGGCUUUGAAGGGGUCAUCUUGUCCAUCUAUGGCCUCGACCGUGAGGACUUACACUGUGAAAAGGAUGAGACAUGCCACUUCCAGAAAUCAGAGGCCAUUCUGAAGGAACUGGAUGUGGAGGAUGCCAAGCUGUACCUGGACUUCAUUGUUCUGGGCAUCUUCUUUGUUUCACUUCGUCUAAUUGCCUAUUUUGUCCUACGCUACAAGAUCAGUGCAGAGAGGUAG